AUGCAGAAGAUUGUCUCGGCGGUGGCAGGAGUUCAUACGGAUCGAAUGGAAGUCAUCCACGAGUACGCGUUGCCGCCAUGGACCAGCCGCAUCCCAGUGGUGGGCGAAGACGACCCAGCGAAGGCGGUCAAGGCAGCAAACGAUGUCGGUGGAAUCAUCGUAGCAACGUCUACCGGUAGCUCGCAGAAAGACGGCAUGGUGGGAAUGGGAGGCGUCGUAUGCGGCAUGGCUCGCAACCGCCCAGGCGAGAUUUUUGGCAGCUAUUCCGUCACUCUCGGGCCUGCAGACGAGCAGAAUGGCGACCGAUACAUGGGCACCCGGGUGCCCAAAUUACGUCAGCCGCUAUACAACCACUGUAAAGCGCUGCAACUUUAG